ACAAAUAUACAUCCAAUGACAGAAAAAUGAAUUUGGUUUCAUUGCUGUUAUAAUGAAAAUGGUUCAUUUUUCCAAGUAGGAUGAAACGAGGAGGAAGAGAUAGUGACCAUAAUUCAUCUGAAGAAGGUACUGCAGAAAAAUCAAAGAAACUGAGGACUACAAAUGAGCAUUCUCAGACUUGUGAUUGGGGCAAUCUGCUUCAGGACAUUAUUCUCCAAGUAUUUAAGUAUUUGCCUCUUCUUGACCGGGCUCAUGCCUCACAAGUUUGCCGCAACUGGAAUCAGGUAUUUCACAUGCCUGACUUGUGGAGGUGUUUUGAAUUUGAACUGAAUCAGCCAGCUACAUCUUACUUAAAAGCUACACAUCCAGAGCUGAUUAAACAGAUAAUUAAAAGACAUUCAAACCAUCUACAAUACGUCAGCUUCAAGGUGGACAGCAGCAAAGAAUCAGCUGAAGCAGCUUGUGAUAUAUUAUCACAACUUGUGAAUUGCUCUUUAAAAACACUUGGACUUAUUUCAACUGCUCGGCCAAGCUUUAUGGAUUUACCAAAGUCUCACUUUAUCUCUGCACUGACAGUUGUGUUUGUAAACUCCAAAUCCCUGUCCUCGCUCAAGAUAGAUGAUACCCCAGUAGAUGAUCCAUCCCUCAAAGUGCUGGUGGCCAACAACAGCGAUACGCUCAAGUUGCUAAAAAUGAGCAGCUGUCCUCAUGUUUCUCCAGCAGGUAUCCUUUGUGUGGCUGAUCAGUGUCAUGGCUUACGAGAACUGGCCCUGAACUAUCACUUAUUAAGUGAUGAGUUGCUACUUGCUCUAUCUUCUGAAAAACACGUUCGCUUAGAACAUUUGCGCAUUGAUGUGGUCAGUGAGAACCCUGGACAGACACACUUCCAUAGUAUUCAGAAGAGCAGCUGGGAUGCUUUCAUCAAACAUUCACCCAAAGUCAAUUUAGUGAUGUAUUUUUUCUUAUAUGAAGAGGAAUUUGACCCAUUCUUUCGUUAUGAAAUACCUGCCACUCACCUUUACUUUGGGAGAUCAGUAAGCAAAGAUGUACUAGGCCGAGUAGGAAUGACAUGCCCUAGGCUAGUUGAACUAGUAGUGUGUGCUAAUGGAUUACGACCCCUUGAUGAAGAGUUAAUUCGCAUUGCAGAACGUUGCAAAAACUUGUCAGCUAUUGGACUGGGGGAAUGUGAAGUGUCAUGUAGCGCCUUUGUUGAGUUUGUGAAGAUGUGUGGUGGCCGCCUGUCUCAGUUAUCCAUUAUGGAAGAAGUAUUAAUUCCUGACCAAAAGUAUAGCUUGGAGCAGAUUCAUUGGGAAGUUUCUAAGCAUCUUGGAAGGGUAUGGUUUCCAGACAUGAUGCCCACUUGGUAAGGACCUCAUGAUGUACAGCAUAAUGAAUAGCACCCUAAUGUCAAGCAAAUAUAUUAUAGUAAAAGUUUGCUGUAGUACGAAUAUAAUUCUAUUCUUUUGUAGCACAGAAAUUUGAUAUCUUAAAUAUACUGGUAUGUUUGUUGGAAGACCUACAAAUCAGUUAGGGUCAGAAAACUCCAUCUGUUUCUUUAGAGUAAUAGUAGUCAAAUCUGAAUUUCGUUUUUAAAUGUGGUUUCAUAUUUGAAAGUAAUAACCAGUUACAAAGAUUGAACAGUCAUAAUCUGAAAGAAAUGCAACCUAUGUAUUAUAAUAUCUUAGAAGUGAGUACUAAUAAGUUUUCUGAAAUGUUCUCUAUGCAUUUUUUAAAAAAUGUAAACUUGACAUUUUAGGGUCUUCAGUUAUAAAUACACCUGUUAUAAGGUGUUUAAUAUAGCUCAGGAAAGUGAGCAUUUUGUGAGAAAAACUAAGCUUAUAUUGUAUCUAUUGGAAAAGAUUAGUUGAAUGUUUUCUAAUGUUAUACAGUUAUUUAAAAAGUACAGAGGUUUAUAUAGCUAAUUGGAACCUUUAGAAAACUGAUGUCACACAAUGGUUAUUAUAGAAGGAUAGUAUGGAGCCAAGAUCAAAUUAAGAGAAAGUAAUUGGAAUAGAAGGCAGUAUUUAGCUUUGUAUAAACAUUUAGGUUUCCUCUAAUCUGCUAAACCAUGUAAGUUCUUUUCUCUGAUCUGUUACUAUGUAUAUGACACUUUAUUGUAUGUAAAGUAAGGAAUGCGUAACCAGUUUUCUUAUGUUUUAUCUUUGUUUAAACUAGUUUUUUAAGUAUUACGUAAUAAUUAAAAUUAAAAUCUUACCUACUUUAAAAAAAAAGCCAAAUUGAGAUAAUUAAAGUUAGAACUUUAAAAUGUUUAUAAAUCGUUUCUAUGAAAAAAUUAGUCUCCAGUGAAUUUUAGUGAUGGCUCAUUUUUCCAUUUUGGAAUUACAUAGUUAUCUAAAUAGAACUUUAAAAAAAAACAAAAAAAUGGAACACCUGUAUAGUUCAUCAUAAACAGAAAAUUAAAAUGAGGUUAAAGUUUUUAGUCAUAUUUUUGAGGUCAGUAUUGCACAGUGAAUUGGAAAAUUUUAAUAGAAAAAUGUCUACAGUUUUGUGAUUAAGUUUGAUACAUUAUUUAAUGUAGGCAACAUUUUGUAUUUCCCUCAUGAAUAAGGAAAACCCUUUCAUUCAUUUUAGAGUCUGUACAUAUAGAGUACUAAGUUUUGGUUUUUUUUUUAGAUAUUAUAUAUAAUUUGGUUCUCAGAGCUAGGAUUAGUAGAUAUUACUCUUCUAAGGGAAAUUAGAAGUGAUGUUAAUGUAUUCCAGUGGAAUAUAUUAAUGCUUGAUAUGGCUCUCUUUAAUAGUGUGACUUUUAGAAAGUAUCUUGCUAAUUAAAUGGAAGCUAACAAUCUUUAAAAUAGAUGGCUUUCCUAACAAUAGGAAUUUCCAGGCUCCUGUGGCUUAUGCCACAGGAGACCUGGAAGCUUGAGGUUCAAAGUCAGUCAGGGCAGAAAAGUGUGAGACUCCCAUCUUUUAUGAAACAGCAACAUACCUGAUUGGAGCCAUGACUCAAGUCAGAGUUCCAGCUAUAAGCUAUCAAGCUGCAUGAAAGUGUGUCAUUGAGUUCAAGCCCCUGUACUGGCACCAAAAAAAUUAAAAAAGAAAAAAGGAAAAAAAGUAAGGUAAUAAUGGUUUUGCAUACAUGAUUUAUGCUUUUCAAAAAUGAUGGUAUAUUCUUUCAGCUGCACAGAAAGGAGAAAAAGGCUGCACUUGAAAAUUAAGUGCAAUGAUGGUAUUUCCCCUUAUAAAUAGUAAAAAAAAAAACAAACAAAAAACUUUAAAGAAAUACUUGUAUUAGUGGAUGAGUUUUUUUUAAGAACUUUGGAAAUGGAUUUGACAGUACAUAUAAAUCAGUUCUACUAACCAAAGUUUAUUUGAAAAUUUACUUUUUGUACAAAUUAAAUUAUAUGAUGCUUGAAAUACUUAUAUGUCACUUUAUAAACAAAAUAGCACUUAUUUGUUUAUAUUGUAAAGUAUAUGUAAAAUGCUUUUAUCAAUUUGAGAAUAAAAAUAGUUACUAUAA